ACCCUACCCUUCUGAGUUUGUGGGGCCCCCUCUCUCUCCUUACCACAAAACAAAACGAACGCAACCACAAGCAGCGCUCAAAAAUACCCCGUCGUUCACCGUCGUCAUCCAUCACAGCCCAAUCCUCAGUCGCGUUUGGAAUCACGUCAGGGAAGCAAUGGCAUGGAGAGGACUUCUUUCAAAGAACAUAAAAGAGCUUCGGUUUUUGAUGUGUCAGUCAUCACCUGCAAGCUCAUCUGCAAGGACAUUUGUGGAAAAGAAUUAUCAGGAACUAAAGACAUUGAACCCGAAAUUGCCAAUAUUGAUCCGUGAAUGCAGUGGAGUUGAACCUCAAUUAUGGGCAAGAUAUGAUUUGGGUGUUGAGAAAGGCAUCAAAUUGGAAGGCUUGACUGAGGCACAGAUCUUUAAGGCACUUGAAGAUCUGGUAAAAGCAGGAGAGUCUUUGAAAGCUUGAUACUACUGCUUCUGAACUGUCUGAAAUGGAAUAAAUGCUCUCGAGCUUCACUUGUUAUUGCAGAUUGCCUUUUGGUUUAAAAUAAGCCAGAUUUGUUUCUUCUAUGUUUGGUGGUCUCUGGUUUCAUUCUGUCUCUUCCUGCAUUUUCAGUCUGUCACUUUCUGCAUCUUAUAGUCAUUUCAUGUAUGAUCCUAGUGAGUUUAAGUUGAAAGUCCUGGUUUUGCAUGUUGAGCACGCAUAUCAUGGGAUAUCUAUUCUGAACACAGAUUAAAUCUAUUAGAUUUGGUUCAUAUAAUUUCUCUUUCUUACUUGAAACUCGACUUUCAAGAGAACUUGAUUAUGUAUUGACUCAGACAAAUAAUUUGGUUAACCAGGCAUAAACCGAUCUAUAAUAUCUUGUUCUUCUCU